UAGGUGAUGUAAACAGCAAGGUAACUCUUAUGUUCUAGGUAACUCCGUGGUUCUAUCGCCAGUGAUAUUUUCAUAUGGGAGAUACAUUUUUAAGUGUUGCAAAGAACACUCAAAUACUUAAUUCUUCUUGUUAGAUUCAUCUGCUGUGUUGUGUUAUUAGUUAUACGUCUUUCAGAAUCACGAUGUCGGCGGUGUCCCUUGUUCAAGGCGCCAGUCGUGGAAUAGGACUGGGAUUCUGUCGUGCUUUGCUUGCUAGAUCCUCCGACAGUCUGGUAAUAGCGACAUCUCGCAAACCCAGUACAGCUUCUGAAUUGCAGAAUCUUCAUCAAUAUCCGCAAAGACUGACGGUGCUGUCGGUUGAUGUAACCGAUUCUCGGCAGAUCGAGGAUGCAGCAAGUUUUGUUAAGAAUCAAUUUGGCAGGCUUGACCUUCUCAUAAACUCUGCAGGAAUUUUGCAUCCAUCAGGGAAGGGAGAGACGAGCCUGAGGGAUGUUAAUCAAGAGUGUCUUACAGAAACCUUCCAGACCAAUACCAUUGGGCCUUUACUUGUGGCUAAACAUUUUGCUUCCUUACUAGGAGAGGGAAAGGGAUUGUUUGGUAGACAAGGGCCAGAUGCCAAGCAGCAGCAUUCAGCAAUACUUGUCAAUAUAUCAGCGCAUGCUGGCUCCAUUACAGACAAUGGUCUUGGUGGCUGGUACAGUUACAGGAUGUCCAAAGUAGCUGUCAACAUGAUGACCAAAAACCUCAGCAUUGAGCUGGGAAGAGGAAAGAAAAAAGUUGUGUGUGUGUCCCUUCACCCAGGUACAGUAGACACAGAUUUGUCACAACCCUACAAAAAAAGUAUGCCAAAUCUGUUCACUGUAGACCAUUCUGUCAAGUGCUUAAUGUCUGUCAUAGAUAGCCUUUCCAUAGAGGAUUCUGGGAAGUUUUUGUCAUAUGAUAGAAAACCAAUACCAUUCUAAAAUUCUUAAUGCUCAGAUUGAUAUUUGCACAUGCAGGAACCUUUUUAGGAAAAAUGAUUUACUGAAGAUUUUCCGGGAUUUGAAAUUUUUUCUUCUUCAUAUUACAAUUAUGUUUCAGUUAUAAUUUGUCCACAUGGGGCGACUUUUUUACAACAUUUUGAUAGUAUUGUUUCAUAAUUUUUGAUUGAGAGAAAGCACUUCAACUUGCAGGUGAUUAUGUGUAAUGUAAUUAUUACUUGCAAUGCAUAAAAAGUUGUAUUUGAUGUAUCAUACUGUUUAGUGCAGUAUUAUAGGCAUGUAUCAUGCUGGCUGGUGAAUAUUGCUUGAAAGGUAAUGCAAACAGAAAGUUUUUGAUGAAAUAAUAUGAUGUAAUACAGCUAACAUGGAUCAUAGUUACCUUCAGAAA